AUGGACUAUGACAAGCGCAUCGAGCUAAUCCACAAACUGGAGGAGAAUGCUUGGGUGGACAUGGUAAAUGCAGCUCGCGUCGACGGCCGCAUGUGCCAAUGGGUCUCGUCCCUUCAUCCCGACCGAUUGCCAUGCCAACUCGAUGGCGGCUUUCUGCACGGCGCAUACAACGUAUGCCAGAGGUUCACCUUCAUUGGAAAUACCACCUGGCUACUGCGUUUUCCCCGCGUCGGGGCAAUCUGUGAAGGAUACGCUGAUGAAAAGAUUGCUAUGGAGGUGGAAGUGUUAACUCUUAUUCGCGAACGGACCAGUAUACCUGUCCCAGAAAUCCACGCUUGGGGUCUCGCUGCCAACAACCCCCUUGGCCUAGGAGCAUUCAUCCUCAUGGAUUUUAUUAAUGGCAAAGGCGUCAACCACCUUCUCAAAGAUCCCAGUUCCACCAUUGACACAAGACUGAUGCGAGAGGACAUCAGCGAUGACGACGUUGAGUUCUUGUUCAGGCAAUUAGCCAAUUUCCAGCUUCAACUCUUCGAGCUGGACUUUGACCGGAUCGGCAGCCUUCCGACGCCGAAGACAGGCUUCUCUACCUCGACACGCCCCUUAACAUGGAAGGUGCACGACAUCAUUCAAACUGGAGGCGUUAAUACCUUUGGCGAUCGAGACCAAGGAUUCUCGACGACAGCGGAGUACUUUGAAUACAUUACUAGGCAAGACUGGGAGCAGCUUAUGCAACAGCCUAAUUCUAUUGCUGGGCCAUACGACGCCAAAAGACAGUACGCCUCGUUCAAAAUCAUGAGAACCUUGGUAGCUGAUUACGUACAUGAGAAGUACGAUCGUGGUCCAUUCAAACUCAUUUGCGAUGAUCUUGGCCCAGCUAACUUGAUCGUCAAAAACGAUGACGAUCUUACGGUCGUUGGCGUCAUUGAUCUUGAAUGGUCGUAUAUUGGCUCAGCCCAGCUAUUUGCAUCGGCGCCGUGGUGGCUUCUUCAGGAUCGACCUAUCAAUCCAGAAUGGGAUCACGAUAGUGACCAGGCACCCGACAUAGCCGCUCGAUACUUCAGAUACCUGGACAUCUACAAACGUGUCCUGCAAGAAGAAGAGGCAAAGCGGUCGGGCCACGAAAGCAAUGAAGUCUCUAAGCUUGUCAAGUGGUCAGAGGACUCAGGGGCCAUGUGGUUCCACAUGCUCCUUUCGUGCGGUUUCAACGAUACUAACAGUUUCCCUUUUACCAAGCUAAAAGAGCAUGUGGGUACCGACAAGUGGAAGCAACUCGAGUCGGCAUUAGACCCGAACGAGAUACGGGCGUUCGUGGAGAGAAAGACAUUGCAGUUAGAGCAGUACGACGCAGAACUAGCCAAGACAAAUUCGCGCAUAGCAUGCGUAGACCGCGGGGAGAUGACACGGGAGGAGCUCAUCGCAGAGCAUUAUCAUCCUUGA